UAUUUUGGUGACGUGUUUCCCUAAAUGGCGGUGGUUUGCUCUUGGCCAUGUAGUUGCUCUUUGGAAUGAAUUGGUCAUCGCCGUGGCGCAUGUGCAGUGGGUCUCCUUUUCAGUGCCCCCAGUCCUUGCGUCUAGUGACAGCGUCGAAAGUAGCUAGCUGUCAAUCUGCUCAGCAUCCCAACGCCACCACGAGGACCACGCCGGUUUCGUUGACGCCCUUUUGGAUCGGUGAGCAGCAUCCACGCGGACCCUUUGGUGUCUUCUUGUCGCCCGCUCUCACACGCUGGACAUUUAACCUCACUUUGAUCGCGUUUCUGUUCAAGCAUCAUGGCUGUGCCUCCUUCCUACGCAGACCUGGGCAAAGCUGCCAAGGACAUAUUCAGCAAAGGCUACGGCUUUGGAUUGGUGAAACUGGACCUGAAGACCAAAUCCCAAAGUGGCGUGGAAUUCAACACGUCCGGAUCGAGUAACACGGAUUCGGGCAAAGCGUCGGGAAGCCUGGAGACUAAAUACAAGAUGAAGGAGUUGGGCCUGAGCGUCAACCAGAAGUGGAACACCGACAACACGCUGGCUACCGAGGUCACGCUGGAGGACCAGUUGACUCAAGGCCUGAAGGUGGCGUUGGACACGUCUUUUGUUCCGAACACUGGGAAGAAGAGCGGCAAGCUGAAGACGGGCUAUAAACGCGACUACGUCAACCUAGGCUGCGAUGUAGACUUCGAGGGCCCAGUGGUCCACGCCGCAGCUGUGCUGGGCUACGAGGGAUGGCUGGCAGGCUACCAGAUGGCCUUCGACACGGCCAAGUCCAAACUGGCUCAGAACAAUUUUUCGCUGGGCUACAAGGCCGGAGAUUUCCAGCUGCACACCAACGUUAACGACGGCACAGAGUUCGGCGGCUCCAUUUACCAGAAAGUCAACGACUCGCUGGAAACGGCCGUCACUUUGGCCUGGACCUCCGGCAGCAACAACACUCGCUUCGGCAUUGCCGCCAAGUACAAAGUUGACGGCGACACUUCUGUGUCCGCCAAAGUCAACAACGCAAGUCUCAUCGGAGUUGGAUACACUCAGAGCCUCCGACCAGGCGUCAAGGUCACGCUGUCGGCGCUCAUUGACGGAAAGAACUUCAAUGCCGGAGGUCACAAGGUGGGCAUGGGUUUUGAGCUGGAGGCGUAGAGGAAGAAAAGAAUAAGAAAUGAGCACCAUCAUGUAGCCCCUCCCCCUCCCACAACCCACCAAUCACACGCGAGCAUGUUGACUGUGGAGAUGAUGAUGAUAACGACUGUUGUUGUGUGUGUUGUGGUGCUGCUUUCUCCUCACUGAGGACUUUGACUGACUGUGUGUGUGUGUGAGGUCACUUCCUGUGGAGGGUUGCCAUGAUGACCGGCUGUAGGACAAAGUGUCGCCACUAAGUGAAAACAAGGCGGUCGAAUCUUUUGCUUGUUAUGAUUACGAUUUAGCAAAGAUUGCUUUUCUACCAGAUAGACGUCGACGUUCUACAAAAACACUUUCCACGGUCUUUGUGGCCCCUCAAAGCGCUCAAUUUUUUUUUUUGGUGUGUUGUCAUCAUUGUCACUUAGACCUCAUUUUUCCAUGUCAACUAGGGCAAUUAUCUUAUUAAACAUAUUUAAAGCGGAA